GCAUUUCACUUCCUGGAUACAGCUGAAAGCGCGCUGUAACCAAGCAUGGCGGUGUUCUGUUAUCUUGUUAUUCUGAUAUAUUUACAAACCUCGCUCUACACCGAAGACACGAACACAACACAAAAUAUUAAUAUAACACUCGAAGACUUAAACCACACGUCAAAUUAUCGAGAUGAAAUGCUUAACAUCACGGAGCUGGGAGUCAGUCCUACUGCAGCAGAUUUACCCGCUCCGACUGACAGGACUCCCGAAUACGUGACCGGAUUACCGGAUCUAAACGAGUCCCCGAAGAGCCCGAUCCCUGAUUCCCCGCAAGCCACCGCAGCGCCUAUUCCCGUGUCCGGUGUCCCGCCGGUCCCCGUCACUGAAGAUGAAGAAGGCUUGUCGUUUGCCACACCAGAAGUUCCCACUGACCAGAAUGCUGACUCUGUCUUUGGCCGUUCAAAUGUGAGCAGUGCAACUGAUGUGAGAAGUUUACCAGGAUACCGGUAUGGAGACAUCAUUCAGACAGUGAAUAAGGAAGGGCAGCUGGAGUUUUUUACCUUUCCUGCCUCUGCAGGCACAGCUCACUGCUUAGACUCAAACCCUGCAGGUUUUCUGAAGGAGCAGACCAGCAGAUGCAUGAGGAGCUUUGAUUUGGCACGUGAUUGUACAACUCUAGGAACUCUGAGCUUGGGAAAUUAUCUUAAUUUCAGCAUUCGUUCUGGAAAGAACCAGGGAGCUAAAGUUAUUGGUGUGGAGGUAGCAGCCAUUACCCUGCAGUCUUUGGAGGGAACACAGAUGCCAGUGGACCCGGCUGACAGUAGCAGCUAUUUCCCUAUGCUCUUGCAGUCUGGUGACGUCUGCAGUAAUGUUGUACAGCAGGUGAAAUACGCGUUUGUGUACAAUAAAGCCGGGGAAAUCCUGAAUGUGAUGGCAGCGUUUUUGCUGGGAGCUAUUAAAAAUGUCAUGGUGCCCAUUCAGCAAGAGUUUCAGAUUAUGUUUUUACAGGAGAACUCUCAGACAACAGGGUUGAAAUACAGUGGCAAUCCUGGCUAUGUAUUGGGGCGUCCUCUAGUGGCCGGAACAAGAACGGCAAAUGGGAUAGUUCAGUUUGCAGACCCAAAAGGAUCUCUCACUACCAUCCAAACAUCUGUGGAUCAGGAUUGCUUGCGUGGCUCUUCUCGUCGCUCGCCUGUCCUAUUUGGGAUUAACACAAUAUCAGGUUGCACCUUAAAGCUUUCCGAUGGAGUUAAUUGUUCUCAAGUAUCAGAAGUCAUUUUAUGGGCACUCAAAGGACAGAGUUUCCCCGAUCAUGUGGCUUCCUUUGGGAAUUCCUUGCCUCAGAAUUCUUUGGACUGGGUGCCAAUCCAAAACCAAACCAUAUCAUUGGGGGCUCAAGCUUGCAGCAUACCUCUGUCUUACCAUCUUGAAGUAAAAUGGACCAAGUAUGGAGCCCUGCUGAACCCCCAAGCUCAGAUCGUGAGCAUCAUGGAAACAAUCAUUACGAACACCAGUAGUUUGGCCUUCAUUACCAGUCCUGGUGGUCUUCUGCCUGUCACAAGCUCAGUGAGUUUUGUUGAUGUGUCUGCCUCUGCAACCCCAGGAUUCAAAGUUCCUCCAACAAUCGAUGCUAAACUACCGUUUGACUUUUUCUUUCCAUUUGUAUAAUAGAGCUUGUCUUUUUGCAGCACUAUGAAUGGAGGACCACUGGUUUUGUAGCCAUGUUUCUCUGUCCAUCCUCAGGUCAUUUUUGUGUUUAAUUAUGCCUAACUUGCCGGUGUAUAUGGUGUAUAUUUAUUGUCUACUGUAUAUAAUGCACUGAUACACAAUUUUAACUAAAUAAAAAAUACUUUUAUAUGUA